GCGGGGAGGGGGGAGCGGGAAUGGGGAGCGGGCAGGGAGCAGGCCCGGGAGGGCCUCAGGGCAAGCGGGCGCGGUGCCCUGACUUUGAGGAGAAGGGGUUCUGCCUGAAGGGCGACCUGUGCCCGCUGGACCACGGCAACUACCGCAUCGUGGUGGAAGACAUGCAGUCCCUGCAGCAGUUGAACCUUCCACUCCCUCCACAAUCCCUCGGAAUGCCGCCAAACUCGGCCGCCCAGCCGCCGCCCGGCCAGCUGGCCGGCACCCGCCGGCCGAGGGCGGAAGGCGGCAGGGGAGGCAGAGGGAGAGGAGGGGGAGAGGGGGGUAGAGGGGGAGGCGAAGGAGGGGAAGGGGGGAAGGGGCAGGGGGUGGUGGGGGUAUCGGCAGCAGUGGACGGAGGGGGAGGGGUGCCGCCUGACGAUGGGGAUAGCUAUGACCCGGACGAGGCGCUGUGGGUGCACGACAGCAAGCGCGCCAAGGGGUUGAGCGAGGUGCGAGAGUAUGGAGGCUUGGGGGGGGAGGGGAAUGGGCGGAAGGGCGCACCUGGGGAGGUCACAGGAGGUGGGGAUGUGGGGAUGGAGUACACUCCUGACGGGGGCUUCAACAUGGGGUAUAAUCCGCAGUUCCCGGGGAAUUUCGGGGGCGGAAUGGGGCAGGAAUUCGGAGGGGAUGGGGCAGGGGAGUUUCCAGCUAUGGGCAUGGGGCAAGGCAUGGCACCAGGCAUGGGGCAAGGCUGGCAGGGGCGGGCGGGCAGAGGGGACUUCGGGGGGAGAGGGGACUUGGGGGGGAGAGGACGAGGGGAAGGGGGCAUGGGCGGGGGCAGAGGCCGUGGAGGGGCAGGAGGCAGCGAGCGCAACCGAGACCAGAAAGCCCAGAUGACAGUCUUUGUGAACGGGAUUCCAUCGGAGCUCACCUCGGGCAAGGGCCUGCAGGCGUCGCUCAUCAAGCACUUCUCCAAGUUCGGCCCCGUGGUGGAUAUCAAGGUGCACGGGGAUAAGGGCCGGGCGUUCGUGCAGCUGGCAGCUAGGGAGCACGCGGCAGCGGCCAUAGCGGCGCCGGAUGCUGUGCUGGGGAACAGGUUCAUCAAGGUGUUCUGGGCUAACUUCGAUCUGCAGCCGGAUCCUGCCUCUGCUGCUGCUGCUGCAGCAGCGGCGGCGGCAGCAGCUGCUGCGGCUGGUUCGGCGGGUGAAGGGGGCCCGGGAGCAGGUUCGGCAGGAGCAGGGGCAGGGGCGGAGGGUGGGAAGGGCAACGGGAAGGGUGAUGCUGCUGCUGGGAAUACAGGUGGGGGCAAGGGUGGGGCAAGUGCAGGGACUCCAGCAGCAGCAGCAGCAGCAGCAGCGGCGGUUGAUCCGGCAGAGGCAGCAGCGAAGGCAAAGGCGAAGUUAGAGGAGUUGAGAGCGAUUCAGAAGAAGAAAGAGGCGCUGCUGCGGGAGCAGAUAGAGAAGCGGAGGCAGUACCUGGAGCGACUCAAAGAGGCCAGCCAGCACAAACAGCCACCCGCUGCUGCUGCUGCCGCCGCUGCUGCUGCUGUGUCAGACGCAUCAGCAGCAGGUGCAGGUGCAGCAGGUGGGAGCACGGUGCAGGCAGCAACAGGCAGUGCUGCUGCUCCUGCUGCAGGUGCCAACCCGGCUGAAGCCGGAGCAGCAGGGGCAGGAGGCGGGGCGACAGGGGCUGCAGGAGCAGCAGCAGCAGGGAGCACAGCAGUGGGCACGCCUACAGCAAAGGACGCCUCAGGAUUCCACCCGUCUCCCGGCGCUCCAGCACCUUAUAUGGGCGGCAGAGGGAGAGGGAGGGGCGGUUACGGUGGUUAUGGUGGUGGUUACCACUAUGGGUGGAGUGGAGGGGGGGCGGGAGGGGGUGGGGGGGGAGCGUGGGCCAAUAAGUUCAAGCUGGACAACCGCACGACUGUGGUGCGCGUGACACCGCCCAUUCCCGAUGCCAUCACUGAGGCCAGCCAGCUGUGGGAGCACUUCAGCACGUGUGGCGAGGUGGUGAGUGUCGAGGUGGAGGGCGGCGGGACAGCUGUCACGCCCACCAGCGCGGUGCGCGUGCGCUUUGCGUCACGGCCCGUGGCGGACUACGCUUUCAUGAACGGGCGCGUGCUCGAGUCGGGCGACACGCUCAACCUCUCGUGGGGCCCACCCGCCACCACUCCCCAUGCUGCUGCUGCCGGUGCUGCUGGUGCCUCUGGUUCGCCUGCUGCUGGUGCUGCUGCUGGUGCUGCUGCUGGUGCAAAGCCAGCAGGUGUUUCGCUACUCAAGGUGGCAGCCGGGGGAGUGCAGAAGACAGCAGCAGGGGUUGCAGCACCAGCAGCCGCAGCAGCACCACAAGCAGGUGGAACAGCACCUGCAGCUGGCGGCCUUGCUGCUUCUGAGGGUGCUCCAGCUGCUGCUGCUGCUGCUCCUGAUGCUGCUGCCAAUGGCACCAGUGCUGCUGCCACUGCUGCGGCUCCUGCCAGUGCAGGCAGGGCAGGUGAAGGUGCAACAGGGGGUGCAGGAGUGUAAGGGGGAUGCAAGAGCAGCAUUUGUAGGGAAUUACCGGAAUGUGAGUGAGGAAGGCCAUGUGGGGGCCAGGGUGAGUGAGGAAGGCCAUGUGGGGGCCAGGGGGGCUGGAGCUCACUCACCCAGCGGAGCAUCUGAAUUCCAUCUCAAUCCCCUCCCCCCCGUUUUCCCAUCCCUCCCUCGUUUCCCCACCCUCGUUUCCCUGCAUCCGAGGAACCUCUGCCCUCCUUGUUCCGUUUGCCUGAUUCAUUUUGUCGCGUACAACGUAAGGCUAAGACUUUUGACUGGCGUUGGGGAAUGUAACGGCAUUAGGAUCAAUUGCUUUUGCAACACAUGAAUUCUAUGCAUUGUACCUGUUUUUACUU